AUGGAUAAAGAAGGCGAGAUUAUCGUGAAGGAUUUCGUCAGCAUCCUGGAGGAGUUGACUUUCAACUCGAGACCGAUUAUCACGACGCUGACAAAGAUCGCUGAAGAAAAUAUGCCGUAUGCUCAGCAUUUUGUGGAUGCGUUGGAGGCUAGGAUUGACCGAUGUCCGCCUAAGCAGAAGCUGUAUGCGCUCUACGCCCUCGAUUCUAUCUGUAAAAACGCUGGAAGCCCGUAUACGAUAUAUUUCAGCCGAAACCUGUUCAGUCUUUAUAAGAAGAGUUAUCUGUUGGUGGAUAAUGCUACGAGGACGAAGAUGAUACAUCUGUUCAAGACCUGGAUGGAUUCCGGCGAUACGCUGGCCGGGGCUCCGUUGCUAUUCGAGAGGUCUGCGUUGGAAAAGAUAGAACAGUUUCUCAUAAAGGCGAGUGCUUUGCACCAGAAAAACCUGCAGUCGAUGUUGCCGACGCCUACGGUGCCGUUGCUCACCAGAGAGAUUGACAAGCUGACCGCGUUGACGACCGAGCGUCUGAAGAAUCAACCGAUGGAUGAAAAAUUGAAGAUGAAGUUAGUUGUGCUCACACAGCUCAAGCAAGAGUUGCAUAGGGAGAAGCUAGCUCCCGGGGCACUGAAACAGCUUCAGUUGCAGUUGAGGCAGAUCUUUGCGCAGGAUCAGCAAGUGUUGCAAGACAUCCAGAGGCAACAGCAGCAGCAUGAGAUGGCCAUGCUGCAGCAGAAACAGCUGCAUCAGCGAGAAUUGCAAAGUGAAAAUCAAACGCUGCCGUCGAACAGCGGUUCGUUCAUUCCGUUGUUCGGCGAUAGCUCAGGCAGUAGUGGAAUGUCUAGUCUGUUUGGCUCUUCGAUGAGUGCAGUGGGACCACCAAAUUUGACAGCUUUGGACAAAACGUAUCAGCUCUCCAAGAUUCAGGGCCUUUACCACUCGUUGGAAGCGGAAGGUCUGCUCUACAAACCUCCCAAAGAAUCAAUUGUGAGCCUUUACUCGAAAUUGGGAGGGCACAACCACCUAGCGUCGGGCACUCUCGCCUAUCAACAAGGGGUAAACCUUCCACCAUUACCGUUACUGCAGGGAAUACUGUCCGAUUGCAAAGCCCAUUUUGCAACUGUCAAUAUAGAUAUUCUAAAUACUCCAAACCUACAACUGUCUCAGCAGACCAUCGAGGAUGAUAAUCCAGUAGUCGGUUCGAGUUUAAUUCAUCUGCUGUAUCGUGCAAAGCCUAAUAAGUGUAAUAUAUGUGGGAAGAGGUUUGGGAACAGUGUCGGUGAAAAGAAAUCGCAGGCUGAUCAUUUAGACUGGCAUUUCAGAAUCAAUAAACGAAUCAAAGGCUCCGAAAUGACAGCGAACGCUUCCGGUAGCGUAACUGGUCCAACUCAAAAGAACAUUCAAUCUAGAAAUUGGUACUUGCAGGACUCGCAAUGGAUCUCGUUCAAAGACGAGGAAAUAGUCUCGACAACUUUCUCAUUGAGUACUGAUGGAACCGCCCAUAAGAUGACUACAGCAAAUCUUGAAGACCAGACUCAGUACAGUUCGACAGCAGCCACAGAUACGGGCGCCCAGGAGAGUGAGAAAUUCACUGUUGAUGAGGGUAUAUUAUUGAGGAAACAUGUCGUUGUUCCAGAGUCUGCAGUAGACAUGUCUUUUCAAUGCCCAAUUUGCAAAGAAAAUGUUACCGGACUGUACGAUGAAGAGCUUGGUGAAUGGGUCUGGAGGAACGCUAUGGAAGUCAACAAUAAAUACUUUCAUGCAACCUGCUACUACGAAGCAGCGAGGAAUAGCGAUAAUCCGCUGGGUUUGCAGCUCGAUCUAGAAAAGUUGAAGCAUUUGGCCUCUGAAUAG